AUGCACUACCAAAGCUACAUCAGUACUCUCGCCUUUGCUGGCGCCGCUCUCGCCGUCCCAGCACCAUGGAGUCCUCCUACCACACCUCCAUCAUCAAACAACGACAACUCCUACAGUGGCUCAAACAGCAACGGCUCGAGCAGCUCAACAUCCGCCAACAACAUCCCCUUAAUCCAAGCCCUCGAGCUCGCGCCAACAGCCGUCGACCGCAUCGCCCUCCUCUCAGAAGCAGACUUCAAAUACGACUUCAACAACCCACCCUCCUCCGCCAUAACGACAGGCAAAGGCGGGCACACUGUCCGCGCCGACCGCAAAACCUUUCCAGCCCUGAUAGGAACCGGCGUCUCCAUGACCGUCGGCUUCAUCGGCCCCUGCGGCUUCAACACGCCCCACGUCCACCCUCGCAGCUCCGAGAUCAACAUCAUCGUCGAAGGCCGUCUAGGCACCGAGUUCAUUGCAGAGAACGGCGCGGAUCCGAAGCAAAAUACCUUGGAGAAGUACCAGAUGACAGUCUUCCCGCAAGGGGCUUUGCACACCGAGUUCAACCCGGACUGCACGGAUGCUGUCUUCGUGGCUGGGUUUGCGUCCGAGGAUCCUGGUGUCGAGCAGGCGGCUCAGACGCUGUUCAGUCUCGAUCCAGAGCUGGUCAAGGCGGACCUCGGUGUUGAUGCUAUCAAUGGACAGGACAUUGAGCAGUUCAGACAGAUGAUCCCGGCGAAUGUUGCGCUGGGUGUUGAGAGCUGUCUGAAAAAGUGUGGCAUCUCGAAGAGGUAG